AUGUCUAAUAAACCACCAAUUAAACGCUAUAGACGCGAUGACAAUUCAUCAGGAUCUGAAAACGAUGUUGAUAAUUACGAACCCUAUGUUCCUGUAAAGGAAAGAAUGAAGCAAAAGUUAUUAAAAAUGGGACGUCUUGGCCAAGUCGCUAAUGAGGUCGCUGCAGAAACCAAAAGUUCGAGCGAUAAUGAUCCUGACGAUGAAGGUUCCCAAGAAGAAUGGGGAAGACGCUACAAUGUAUCAUUAUUGGACCAGCAUAGUGAAUUGAAAAGACUAGCGGAAGCUCGGGCUUUGUCUGCAGCAGAAAGGCAAGCUAAAGAGGAGGCACAUAUAUUAGAAAGUGUAGCUCAAAGUAAAGCUUUGAUGGGUGUUGCUGAAUUAGCUAAAGGUAUACAAUAUUCGGAGCCAAUCAAAACAUCCUGGAAGCCUCCACGAUGUAUCCUGAGCUUACCAGAAUCCAGACACGAGAGGGUGAGGCAACAGCUCCGCAUCCUGGUUGAAGGUGAAGAUGUACCGCCUCCCAUACGCACGUUUCAACAUAUGAAGUUUCCUAAAGGUAUCAUUCGGGGCCUAGAAGCCAAAGGUAUCAAGAAUCCUACACCCAUUCAAGUGCAAGGUAUACCAGCAGUACUCCAAGGUCGGGAUAUGAUUGGUAUUGCGUUUACUGGUUCGGGAAAAACUCUGGUCUUCACACUACCCUUGAUCGCGAUGUGCUUAGAACAAGAGGUUCAGAUGCCUUUCAUUCGGAAUGAGGGACCUUACGGUUUAAUAAUUUGUCCGUCUAGAGAAUUAGCGAAACAGACACACGAUAUUAUACUGCAUUUUAUCAAACAUUUAAAAAUGGCCGGACAUCCGGAGAUUCGAAGUUGUCUCGCUAUUGGUGGUGUGGCGGUAUCAGAAUGUAUGGAGACAGUACAGCGAGGUGUUCACAUCAUGGUGGCAACUCCAGGAAGACUUAUGGAUAUGUUGGAUAAGAAAAUGGUCCGUCUCAACGUAUGCCGGUACCUGUGUAUGGAUGAAGCAGAUCGAAUGAUCGAUAUGGGUUUUGAAGAAGACGUAAGAACGAUUUUCUCUUACUUCGCGGGUCAGAGGCAAACUCUAUUGUUCAGUGCGACUAUGCCGAGGAAAAUUCAGAAUUUUGCCAGAUCAGCAUUGGUGAAACCCGUAACAGUGAACGUGGGUCGUGCUGGGGCCGCAUCACUCAACGUGCGUCAGGAGCUGGAGCUGGUGAAGGCUGAAGCUCGUACAGUACACUUGCUCCAAUGUCUGCAGAAGACGCCACCACCGGUGCUGGUCUUCGCGGAGAGGAAGCAGCACGUGGAUGCCAUUCACGAAUAUUUGUUAUUAAAAGGUGUGGAAGCUGUAGCUAUCCACGGUGGCAAAGACCAAGAAGAGAGGUCACGUGCUGUGGAGGCUUUCAGAAGAGGAGAGAAAGACGUGCUAGUCGCUACAGAUGUCGCUAGCAAGGGUCUAGACUUCCAAAACAUCCAGCACGUGAUAAACUAUGACAUGCCAGAAGAUAUAGAGAACUACGUCCAUCGCAUCGGGCGUUGUGGGCGAGCCGGUCAGGCGGGCGUGGCGUCCACACUUCUGUCAAGGCAGCAAGACGACAGCGUAUUAAGAGAUCUCGCGCAUUUGCUGAGGGAAGCUGGACAAAAGGUACCUUCGUUCCUGAUGGACAUGAUUGGCGGGGAUGAACCGGCAGUGGAUGGGCAGGGAUGUUCCUACUGUGGAGGAUUGGGACACAGGAUUACAGAAUGUCCGAAAUUGGAAGCUGUGCAGACCAAGCAAGCAUCAAAUAUCGGAAGACGAGACUAUUUGGCUAACACAGCUGCUGACUACUAA